GACAAUGAGAGAAGGAAGGUUGCUUGUUUGCCUGCUUGCACUUCCUUGCUGGCACUUCGGUUGUUACCUACUUCUUCUGGAUUCUAGUUUAUACAGAAGACCAGCUGAAACACCUAGAGGUAUGGGACUGAGGCACUACUAGAUCCUUGGACUUCCCACUCACAGGUGCCUAUGUUGGGUUAGUUGGACAGAAGACUGUAAGUCAUUCCUAUAAUUUCCCUUAAGUUCUGUGACUCUAGAGAACCCUGACUAACACACCACUGAUGGAACCUUUAAAGCUGGAUCCCUGGAUCUUCUCAGUGAAAAUGGGUAAUAUUUAUUCUCUCAGUAGAUGCUGUUAACUUGGACCGUGUGUGUUAAGCUGAUGUCUGAAUAUUUUAAGAUUUUUACUUUUCUUAUUUUUAAGUCAUAUAUCUGUGCAUAUAUGUCUCUGUAGGUAUGCAUACAUGAGGGCCUGAGGAGGCUGGAAGAUAGCAUUCAAUUCCUUGGAGCUGGAGUUACAGGUGACUGGCUGUAAACCACCCAGUGAAAAUGCUGGGAUCUGAACACUGGUUCUCUGCAAAGCAUCAAAUGCUCUUAAUCACUGAACCGUCUCUUCAGCCCCCAGCUGUCUUAAUUCUAUCCAUUCGCAUUUGCAGGUUAGCUGCUCCUGCCAUAGUUAGUUCCAGCUGCCAACUUGACACAGUCUAGAGUUAUCUGAGGGAAUCUCAGCUGGGAGAUUGCCAAGAUCGGAUUGGCCUGUGACCACCUCAGUGACCAAUUCUGCUGACUGAUGAUUGAUGUGGAAUUCACCCAGUGGGAGGUACCAUCCCUACACAGAGCAUGAGGCAGUGAGAGAGCCAGUAAGCAGCAUUUCUCUAUGGUUCUCGCAUCCAGGUUCUUCCAUGAGUCCCUGACUGACUUCCCUCAAAGACAGUUAUGACCUGGGAGUGUAAGAUGAACUAAAUCCUUCCCUCGACAUGCUUGUAGCCAUGGUGGUUAUCCCAGCAACAGAAAGCAAACUAGGAAACGACAUUCACCUUCAAUAUCUGAAAGCCAGCAACGCAACAUGGGCUACAGUUUUGACCGGGCUAGCAAGGAUGUGGUUAAAAAGCUUCAAGGAAGAGAUCUGAGGCCUGUGGAAUGCUUGUCAGAUGCAACCAAAUUCCGCCUAUUUCACAUACUCCAGGAGACUCCUCGAUCAGGUUGGGAAACUGAAGAUAUUCCAGUUGGAUUUACCCUUCUGGAUCUCUUGGAGCCCAACUUUCCUGUUCCAGAGCCUGAAGUGUCUGCUCCCAAGCCCUUCAUACAUGUCCAAUCAACGGACCUGGAGGCUAACUUGAAUGUCGCAGACAUUGCAAGAGGAGGUGUAGGGUAUGUUGGGUACGGUGGAUACAACAUCGAGGUUCAGAGUACAAGCAUCCCAAAUCCAAAACUGGAAAUUCUUCAAAACAGGAAACUGUUGGAUAAGUUGCCCACAUUUAUGAAGUUUUGCCGGAUGGAAAGGAAGAACCUGUAUGUGGUGACAGAGGCUUAUGAAGUGUCCAAGGAUACUAUGCUGACAGGCUUAAGCAGUGUCAAUCUUUUAGUUAAAGGGUUCUUCAAACAGCUUUUCAAGGUUCGAGGCAAGGCGGGAAGGUCGGAAAAGUAUUCAAUACCUAUCCCAAAGGGUUCGGUGUUGGCCUAUAAGAAGCAGCAACUUGUCAUUGAGAAUAACACUUGUGUCAUUCUCCCUUCUGCUACUAAGAAGAAGAUGACCUUUCCAGGCACACCUAAGUACGCUUCUGCUUCCGAACCCACUGAGAUUUAUAGAACAGAAUUACAAGGUUUGUGGAUAAAUGACAUCGAACCAAUUGGAAGAAUCCAGGAGCCCGCCCAUCUAGAUUUCAAGUGCCUACAAUAUGAAGUUUCUGAACAAACACGACUACUGCCUGAACUCUCAAAGGAUGUUCAAGAAGUUGUGUUGUCCAGUUUCCUGUCCAUGCUCUAUGAAGGUGACAGGAACGUUCUGCAUGACCUGAUGAAAAUGCUGGAGUUGAGUCAGUUGGGGCAUAUGGAUGGCCCAGGUGGCAAAAUCCUGGAUGAGCUUCGAAAGGAUUCUAGCAACCCAUGUGUUGACCUAAAGGACCUCAUUCUUUAUCUCCUUCAAGCGCUGAUGGUGCUCAGUGAUAGCCAACUCAAUCUGCUGGCCCGGUCUGUGGAGAUGCGGCUCCUCCCGCACCAAGUAGAGCUGGUAACGAGCAUCCUACAGCCAAACUUCAAGUAUCCCUGGAACAUUCCCUUCACAGUCCAGCCUCAGCUUCUUGCCCCACUCCAGGGUGAGGGCUUGGCCAUUACUUAUGAAUUGCUGGAGGAGUGUGGUCUGAAGAUGGAGCUGAAUAAUCCCAGGUCAACUUGGGAUUUGGAAGCCAAGAUGCCCUUGUCUGCUCUCUAUGGAAGCCUGUCAUUUUUACAGCAACUUCAGAAGGCUAACUCUUCCUUCAAGCCCAGCCUCCGACCUGGAUACAUUUGAUAUAUUGCACCAUGGCAUACACAAGAGUCGUGAUUUGAGUGCAUGUUUUAGGCCAGUGGGAAUAAAGAUGCUAUGGCUCCUUUUUUUAAAAAAGUAUUAUUGAUUCACAAUUAUACAAAUAAUAUACUUGGAUCAGAUUGUACCUACCCCCAUUGUUUCUUUUAAUCCACCACUUCCAAGUCCCCCUUUUCCUCAACAACUUCUCAUUCAACAUUUGUCUGUUUGUUUGAUGCUAUGCUACGUUUAAUUAGGGUUGUUUGCAUAAGUGUGUGAUUAUUCAUUUGAGCAAGGGUAGCCUUCCAGAGGCUACCUCCUGCCAGCAGCAUUGAGAGUCUGUAGGUGUUUUAGGGAGGGUGAGGUUCUCCUCCAUUCUUGUGGAAUGUUGGUGGGCUCGGGUUUGCUUGGUCUUGUGAGGGUACCCAUUGCCACUUUGAGUUUAUGGGUUUAGCUAUUCCAUAUCCUUACCACGUCUAGGAAACAGGAUGUUGUUAUCUGUCAAAAAUACUUAAAUGGUAUGUUAAAUAAAGAUUUACACAUUUUCUCUAUAUAAAAGGAUAUAUAUUUUAGUUUUCCUUAAUUGUGUGCAUUUUGAGUUGUUCUGGGUGAAAGGUACUGGCGUCAGUAACUUUGAAAUGCAUCAGAAAUAAAUUGGGAUGUUUUAGGUAA